AGAAGAUCAACAAUAGCCUCUCCGUGGAUAUCUUCUAUUUAAUCCCCUUUGCCAUCAGCUCAGUUUCUCUAUUACACUACCAUGAACACCAUCAUCACAGUUCUCCUGUUUCUGAUCCCAGUUUUCCUUCUCCUAACCAGGAGAAAAAGAUCACCGCAAAGGGUUCCUCCAGGUUCACUUGGACUACCGCUCAUAGGUCAAAGCCUUGGCCUUCUCAGGGCCAUGCGAAGCAACACGGCAGAAGAAUGGCUUCAGAAGAGGAUAAGGAAAUAUGGUCCAAUAUCGAAGAUGAGAUUAUUUGGGAAACCAGCAGUUUUCAUCUAUGGUCAGGCUGCAAACAAGUUUGUAUUCGCCAGUGACAGCAGCAACAUUGUUAACCAGCAAGUCAAGUCAGUUAGUUCGAUUCUGGGAGAUCGAUGUAUCUUGGAAUUGACCGGAGAAGAUCAUAAGCGAGUUAGAGAUGCUCUUGUUUCAUUCUUGAAACCUGAAUCAUUGAAACAGUAUGUUGGGAAGAUGGAUGAAGAAGUCAGGAACCACCUUGAGAUGCAUUGGCAUGGCAAGCAACAAAUCACGGUUUUACCAUUGAUGAAGACCCUUACAUUCAACAUAAUCUGUUCUCUUCUAUUCGGAGUCGAAAGAGGAACAAGAAGAGAUAAACUUGCCAAUGAUUUUCGAUAUAUGAUAGAAGGAAUGUGGUCGGUACCGGUUAAUCUGCCUUUCACACGCUACAACCGGAGCUUGCAGGCGAGUGCAAGAGCCCAGAAGUUGUUGAAAGUUCUCAUUGGUGAGAAGAGCGUAGAUCUAGAGAAGGGUGCUUCACCUCGCCAAGACCUCAUCACUUGUUUGCUUAGCAUUCGCAACCAGAAGGAUGAACAAGUCAUAUCCGAGAAAGAGAUUAUUCACAAUGUUAUGCUCAUCAUGGUUGCAGGAUAUGAUACUUCGUCUGUUCUUCUCACGUUUUUGCUGCGCCUUUUCGCUAAUGAUCCUGCCAUAUAUGCAGCUGUUCUUCAAGAACAAGAUGAAAUAGCAAGGAGGAAGCCUAACGGGGAGCUUCUAACAUGGGAAGACCUUGCCAAGAUGAAAUACACAUGGAAAGUAGCCAUGGAAACUCUAAGAAUGUUCCCACCAGUCUUUGGUGGUUUCCGGAAAGUUGUAAAAGAUAUUGAGUACGGUGGAUAUCUCAUUCCAAAGGACUGGCUGAUUUUCUGGGUUACCGGCAUAACACAAAUGGAUGAUACUAUAUUUCCGGAACCAUCAAAGUUCAAUCCAUCGAGAUUCGAGAAUCCAGCUUCACUUCCACCUUACUGCUUCAUUCCAUUCGGUGGGGGACCUCGGAUAUGUCCAGGAUACGAGUUUGCAAGGAUUGAAACCCUUGUUUCAAUUCAUUGUCUGGUUACUCGGUUCACUUGGAAGUUACUAUGUUUAGACAACUCUUUCAGCAGGGAUCCAAUGCCUGUCCCAACUAAAGGAUUACCAGUUCAAAUCAGUCCUAGAAAAUUGCCCUAAUAUUUUACUCUCUUGGUAGCUUAACUUACAAGAUUCCUGCUGCAGAGCAAAUGAGCUUCAUUUUGUUCACAUAUUUAGGUAGGCCAGUAAAACACAGUAGGAAUCUCGGAAUCAUAUCAUGAAAGUUUACAUGACAACAUUUAAUAAAACUGUUCUAUCAUUAUUAAAUAAAGA